CAAGUUGCUGCGCUCUUUCCCAAACCGCCACUGUGGAGGUCAUGGCGAGGUGCAUUUUCCACAGUGCGCAAUGGUGGAGACACCAGGCUGGAUUUGCUGCCCUUGCAGCCGGCACGGCCUGCGGUGUCGCCAUGCGACCAUCCAAGUUGACGGCAGCAGAUGGCAAGCAGUUGGAUGAAAGAUCAGCAGCAAAUUUGAGGCCAUAUCAUCUUUCCACCUGGCAGGAACCUCAAGGAGGACUCGUGAAAGAACGCCAAGUCAACAAGUACUUGAACCCCAUUGCGAUAGCCUGGCCAGAUUUCAAUUUCUUGAAUCCUGACGAGCUGGUGAUGGGACACAUCAUUCUCAACGACUCCAAGCAGGCAUCUCGUCCAAAAGAGCUUGCUGCCGGCUGUGUGCGGGGCAAUGCCUGCAGGGAAAUAUUUUUCAAUCCCGAUGAGGUUCGAGCGGCCAUUGUCACGUGCGGCGGCUUAUGCCCGGGAUUGAAUUCCAUCAUCCGCGAAAUCACCAACUGCCUGUGGCAUCAGUACGGCGUGAAAGCCAUUCUCGGCAUGCAGUACGGGUACAACGGGUGCAAAGAUCCAGAUCAGUUUCCUCCGAUACAGUUGACGGUGGAAAAUGUUCGGGACAUCCACAUGAAGGGAGGAAGUAUUUUGAAGGCCGGUCGUGGUGGAAUGGAAGAUCCUGAGAAGAUCCUGGACCAGUUGCAGAAACAAGGAGUCAAUAUGCUUUUCACCGUGGGUGGUGACGGAACACAAGCAGCUGCCAACAAGCUUUUCCAAGCUGCCAAGAAGAGGGGCAUGCCUUUGUCCAUUGUCGGCGUUCCAAAAUCUAUCGACAAUGACAUCGUUUUUUUUGACAAGACAUUUGGUUUUGAUUCCGCAGUAGCGGCUGCAUCGGAGGUGAUUCGAAAUGGCUGGGUGGAGGCAACCAGUUGUUCCAAGGGAGUUGGAAUUGUGAAGCUCAUGGGACGCGAUGCAGGAUUUGUGGCCAUGCAUGCCGCGUUGGCAUCUACCAUUGUUGAUCUGGUGAUGAUUCCAGAGGUAGAGGUUGAGAUGGCCGAAGUCUUGAAACACGUUGAUCAAACUUUGGCACGAAAGGACUUCAUGGUCAUUGCUGUGGCAGAAGGUGCGGGACAAAAGUUCGUGGCGACUGGAAAGACUGAUUCGACUGGCCACACCGUGUAUGGAGACAUUGGCACAUACUUGAAGGACUCCGUGAAUUCCCACCUCAAGGUCAGCGGCGGCAGAUCCUUUUACAUUGAUCCAUCCUACAUCAUCCGCUCUGUCGUUAUCCGACCAAAUGACCACAUCUAUUGCUCCAGGUUAGCGCGAGAUGCGGUGCAUACUGCAAUGAGAGGAUACACUGGCGUGUGUGUUGGGCCGAUUCACAACAUCAUUGUGGUGAUGCCCAGCAAUCUCAUUGCAAGUCGCAAGAAACGAAUUUCGAUCCACAGCAGUGCCUGGCAAUCCUGCGUCCAGUCCUGCAACAUGCCAAAGUCCUUGUCGGGCUUGCACUAGGGUGCCAUGCUGACUCGACUGAGCCAUCGAUUUUCAUGGCGUCAGUGGGAAUUUCGUGGGUUCCCAAUUGUAAUUAUGCUGACAAAUGCUGACCUGCCGAGGUGGUAGACCUCUGAA